AUGGCGCUAAGAAUGUCUGCGCAGUAUGUUAGGAGUUACGCAUUUCAUCUUGGACUAAACGCCUCGAUUCUGUCACUUCUAUGUGCUUUAUCAGCUGUGUGGGGCAGUCAGGUGCAGGUGCAGCCUAAGAUCAGUGCUGUGCUGGGGAAGAACGUGACACUUGGCUGUGGGGUGCAGGUUGGGGCCAACCUUAGCCUUACCCAGAGUUCUUGGGAGAGAACAUUAAAAUCAGGCUCUGUAACACUGGCGGUGUACAACCCCAUGUUUGGCAUCUCCAUCUCUCCAGACUACAAGCACCGGCUGUCCUUCCGCUCACCCUCUGCCUAUGAUGCCACCAUCAUACUGGAAGAUGUGGGCUUUGCUGACAUGGGCAUCUACACCUGCAAGGUGGCCACCUUUCCCCUGGGAAACACCCAGGCUUCCACCACCAUCAGCGUGCUUGUGGAGCCAAAGGUGUACAUUUCAGCAGGAUCUGUUGCCCUGAUUGACGGCGGGAAUGCGACCACUGUGGCAACAUGCAUAGCAGAGCGGGCGCUGCCGUCAGCAGAGGUGUCCUGGGAGUCAGACUUGUUUGGCACAUCAGAGGCACACAUGCUGGAUGAGGUCAACGGAACCAUCACCACCCAGGUGCACUACACCUGGCAGCCCACCCGCCAUGCCCAGGGCCACGCCCUUACAUGUGUUGUCCGCCAUCCAGCCUUACAGAGUGACUUCAGGAUUCCCUACCUCAUCAAUGUGCAGUUUGCUCCAGACAUACAGGUCUCAGGCUACGACGGGGACUGGUAUGUGGGGAGAGAAAACGUGCAGCUGAAGUGCAGAGCUAAGGCCAACCCACCUGCCCACCAGGUCAGAUGGAUCAGGCUGGAUGGGGAUAUGCCAGAGGGCGUGGAGAUGGUGAACAGUUCUCUGGUUUUUGGGAGACCCCUACAUCACAACGAUUCAGGGGUGUACAGGUGUGAGGUGAGCAAUGACAUUGGCCUGCGCAGUCGAGACAUGAGGAUACGAGUUCAAGAUCCUCCCUCCACCACCAUGCUCUCCACCACCCGUGCUCCCAUGCUAAAGGCGGGCAUUUCUGCUGUUGCCCCUGGUGAAAAGCACCUUGUCCUACUCAACUCUCCAACACUUGCACCCCUGCCAGAGGGUAGUCUGGGCACAGUUGUUGGUGGAGCAGUUGGUGGAGCCCUGUUCCUAAUGCUGCUGCUGGUAUUGGGUGGAAUUUACUUCCAGAGGCAACGGCGUACCUUCCGUGGCGACUAUUACACCAAACAGUACCUGGGUCCAUCAGACAUGCAGAAACCACCACAACACUAUGGGGGAGGUCCACAGAGGAGCAGCUCAAACACGAAGUUCAAAUCCAGCCAGGGUAACGGCACCAUUUGCGUGGAUAAGGACAGGGAGGAGUGGGGUGACUUUGAGCAAGAUCAUUCACCCAGUGGUCGUAGCGGCUACAGAAAGGGAGGCCUUGACCCCAACCAUGUUAAUUACCACCAGAGCCACCACACACUGCACCACCCCAACUACCCACACAGCCAUCACCCAAACCCGCAACAGGACCUCCGCCUGGCCCACAACAGUCUGAGGAGCACCCACCAACUGGCACCUCACAAGCACACAGAACCUCCAGGGCUGAACAACAGCUCUCAGUAUUUUCCAGAGGACAUUUAUGACAGCGAAUAUGUGUCCCACGUGGAUGGCUCUGUCAUCUCUCGCCGAGAGUGGUAUGUAUAG